AUGAGGACGAUCACUUUCAUUGUCUUGGCCUUGAGUGCAGUCAGCUUCUCCCAAGCUGAUGUAAGUCAUGUGGUGAAUGAUGGUCGGUACCACCCUGAACUCUACGGAAGCUACGACGGAAGGUACCUGGCGGAAAGGAAUGGCAAAUACGGCUCGAUCUACAACGCGUAUCAGCCACGGUACUAUCAGGCGCUAAGCCGGGAGCUUUUGACGCCCGUAGACAGCGUCGAACAACCGGUGGCUUUGCCUACAUCAGCUGUGUCAUACCGCACUCCAUUCUCUCCUGUGACUUACCGCCCGAUCGUAUACUCAACCCCGCGGCCGUUCGCUUUAAGCACCAAGGCUCCAAUAGUUUACCAGAAGUCCGUCACUGAGAAGACACCUGUAGUUUACCAGAAGUCUGUCUCCGAGAAGGCUCCUGUAGCAGUUUACCAUAAGUCUGUCUCCGAUGCUGCUGCCACUAUUCUGAGGGAGGACAGGACCUAUGAUGAAAACAAUUACCACUACGCGUACGAAACCAACAACGGCAUUGCUGCCGAAGAGUCCGGAAUUGUUGACGCUUCUCACAAUGGAGUCGGUGGAGGUACCAGGGUUAAGGGAUUCUACGAAUACAUAGGCGAUGAUGGUCUUAAAUACAGAGUAGACUACAUCGCCGACGAAAAUGGUUUCAGAGCAAGCGGAGCUCAUCUGCCCAAAGCCCCUUAA